AUGAAUCUACUUCCAAUAACACUCCUCCUCAUCAUCACCACCUUUACCUUAUCAUCAUCUCAAGAAACACAACUUUCCAAAAAUGGGUGCCAAGAAAAAUGCGGAGACAUAAGCAUCCCUUACCCCUUCGGCAUCGGCCCCAAUUGCAGCUUCAACUCCUCCUACGCCAUCGAAUGCAUCAACCAAUCAAAACCAAUCCUCAAAUCCACCGGCUUGGAAGUCACCGAGUUCUCACUGAACGACAACACAGUCCGAGUAAUGCAGAAAACCACCCCUCUCAACUGCUCCUCAACCAAAGGCCAAUUCCAGCUCGGCCAAUCCCUCCUCCACUCCCCCUUCUCAUACGGCGCUUCCAUCAACCGAAUCAUUGUAGUCGGCUGCAGCACCGAGGUCUCCCUCGCGGGCCCCGCUCCCUCCUCAGGCGGAUGCCGCCCAUCUUGCGGCGACUCCACCAAUGUCUGCUACGGCAUCAACUGCUGCUCCAUCAUCGUGCCUGAGAUGUCUCAGCGAGUCCAGGCCGCCUACGCCGUGAGUGGUGGAGGUGGGGAUUCUGUAGUUUGUGGGUAUGCUUUUCUUGCAGACUACAGAUGGCUGUCGAGUGAGUACGGGGAUUACGUGAAUUUCUCAGCUCCGAUGGCCGAGAUGGAACUAGCGAUGAGGACGGUGCCAGCAACUCUACGUCGAUGAAUGGAAUUU